AUGGCCCGCCCGGCUGUUUCCGUAGCCAAAGCGGCUCUCGCCGUGCUAAGCUUCGCAUGCCUCCUCGCACUUGCGGUCGGCGCAGAUUCGAAAGUGGUCGAGCUGAAUAAGAGCAAUUUUGACGAGGUCAUCGGCCUCACAGACAACGUGUUCGUCAAAUUCUACACGCCAUGGUGCGGCCACUGCAAGCGUCUGGCUCCGGACUGGGAGAAGGUCGCUCUUUUGUACCGCACUACACCGGACAUUGUCAUCGCUAAGCUGGACUGCGAGGCGGAGAAGGAGAUCUGUCAGAAGUUUGGUGUCGCGGGCUACCCCACACUCAAAUUCUUCCCCGCGCAGGCCACCACCCCGCGAGACUUCGCGGAGCAGCGCACGCUCGAGAACAUCGUCGCCUUCCUCAACAAGAAGCUCGGCUCGAAGAUCGUGCUGCCGACGGUGCAGUCGGACGUGCUGGCGCUGACGAUCAAGACGUUCGACGAGGUGGUCCUGGACCGCGAGAAGAACGUGCUUGUUGAAUUCUACGCGCCCUGGUGCGCUCACUGCAAGAGCCUUGCUCCCACGUACGAGAAGCUAGCGCAGAUCUUCAAGCCGGAGAAGGACAUUGUCAUUGCCAAGGUGGACGGCGAAGCCGAGAAGUUCCUCGCCCAGAGGUACAAGGUGUCGGGGUUCCCGACGGUGUGGUGGUUCCCCAAGGACAACAAGGACGGCGAGGAGUACCAGGUGGGGCGCGAGCUCAACGACUUCGUUGGCUACAUCAACGCCAAGGCCGGCAAGUUCAGGAGCGACACCGGCGGCUACAGCAGCCAGUCUCCCUGGAUUCGCCUUCAGCAUGGCUGGGCGUGUGCUGGCUCUGGACGAGUUGGCGCCGCAGUUGAUGAAUGCAGAGGGCGAGGAGGCAAGAAGAUGAGAGCUGCUAUCGAGUCCAACCAGAAUCCACCACCUUUUCCGGUUUCCCUCACACUCUUUCCAUCCCUGCAGGCUGGGCGCGUGCCGGCUCUGGACGAGUUGGCUCAGCAGUUCAUGAAUGCAGAGGGCGAGGAGGCGAGGAAAGCUGUGCUGGCGCAGGCAGAGGCGGCUGUGGCUGCUGUGGACCCCGCCAACGAGCUGCAGACCAAGGGAGCGGCGCAUUACGUGAAGACGAUGAAGGCAGUGCUGGACCCAGAGAAGGGAGACGCCUACAUUGAGAAGGAGGUUGCUCGCGUUGGCAAGCACCUUGCUGGGGAACUGAAGCUGGCAACGCGGGAGACCAUGAGCCUGCGCCACAACAUUCUCUCUGCCUUCCUGCCCCCGCCCCCCCCUCCUGCGGCGGCUGCUGAGGAGAGCAAGCCAGAGGGUGCUGCUGAUGCUGCACCUGAAGCCGAACCCGGCACUGCCACCGCAUGA